ACGGGUGCACGUGCCGCGGGCCAGUAACGAAUACGCGUCGGGCACCCCUACCACGUCGGAGCACGGGUCUUCAACGCGAUGGUGCGGACGGAGAACGUUUCGCCGGAGCUGUCGUCGACGCGUCCACCAGUGCAAUCGUGUACACCGCUGACGUACUGACCGUCGUCGUCGUUUUUUUUUCCGCCGAUUCCCGUGCCUCGUUUUCAGUCACCGAACUUUACCCUUUGCGGUCGCGCGCGCCGAUCGAAGUCUUCACCGUCGAAAUGUUGUUGUACCCACCGAUGCGAAAACUUCCGACACUGUCGUUGUCAGUGUUGUUAUGGGUCACAGUAUUUCAAGUAACAGUGCCCGUCGUAAAUGGACAAAACGGAGAUGACUCUGACAUCGAUAAACAUAUUCAGGAAGUGUUUCCAACACCGCCAGGGACGCAAUCUACUACCACCGACAAUUGUUCAUGUGUACCGUUUUACAGAUGCAACAACAGUACAAUCAACACAGAUGGUACAGGUUUAAUUGACAUAAGGUUUAACAGCGGACCGUGUGAUAACUACUUGGAAAAGUGCUGCGUUGAUCCUCUUACGAAUAAUCCGAUUCAAGAGUCGAAAAAUCCCAAAGCUUUCAAUUGUGGCCAGUGGAACUCUGGUGGAGUUGGGUUCAGAAUAACCGGAAAUUACCAAAGUGAAGCACAAUUCGGCGAGUUCCCGUGGAUGGUAGCAAUUCUGAGACAGGAUAAUAUCGCAAAUAAAAUUACCUACUUGUGCGGUGCAUCAUUGAUUCACCCAAAGGUCGUGAUGACCGCAGUCCAUUGCAUACACGACAAAACACCCGGCGAACUUAUUAUACGCGCCGGAGAAUGGGAUACGCAAACGGAAAACGAACUGUUCCCGUUCCAGGACGGUCGUGUUGCGAAAAUUGUAAAACACGAAAAGUAUUACGGCGGUGCGGUUCACAACGACGUGGCGUUGAUUUUCCUGACUGAGCCGUUCCAUCUCACCGAUAACGUGGGCACCGUUUGCUUGCCACCCCGAAAUUUUCAAUUCAACAGGGAGAAAUGUUACGUGAGCGGCUGGGGAAAAGACAUAUUCGGUAAAGACGGUGUUCAUCAAGUUAUUUUGAAAAGGAUUGAUUUGAAGAUGGUACCAGACGAUAUUUGCCAAGAUCAAUUGAGACAAACCCGGUUGGGCCCAAAGUUUCAACUGCACGAGAGUUUUAUUUGUGCCGGCGGAGAAGUGGGAAAAGACGCCUGUAAAGGCGACGGCGGAAGUCCUCUGGUGUGCCCCACCCCGGAACAUCCAGAACAGUUCCAUCAAUCCGGCAUCGUUGCGUGGGGAAUCGGCUGCGGCGAGAAAACUCCGGGUGUGUACGUGGACGUGUCGCAUUUCCGGCUGUGGAUCGAUCAGCAAAUGAUCAACCACGGAUAUGACACCACCUACUACGACGCGUACUACACGCCGCCGAUGGGAAAUUAACAUAUUGCACUCCACCGUAUCUCUUAACUUCUCUCUUUCAUACCACCUCGCUUCAUCUCAUCAUCCACAUUCACUACCCUCUUCCUCUCCUCUCACGUUAUCUUUUUUUAUUUUCCAUAAUCCGACUUUGCAGUGUCGUUACCACCGCUGACCACUCCGAUCGGUCGACCGUCCGACGGAAAUCUAAGAUAAGUUGGCCGUGAAACAACCGAUUACCGUGUUCUACGUGCGUGGAUCGUAUCACGGAGGAUGUCGUCAACGUUGUCGAUACGUUUUUAUUAUUUGCAUCUGUAAUUGAAAUUAUUAGAGUUUAACGUUUUUUUCAUUCAUAAAAGUCCGGGGUCUGCCACCUCGAUACAAAAAUGUUCAUUCCAUAGAUUCUAUUUAUUAUAUUCACAUUUAUAGAACAUAUUAUUUAUUAUAACUAAAAUAUGAUCUUAUUUUUAAUUUUUA